AUGUCCAAACAAGCGCCUCGUAUCCACAAUGAGAUUUAUCCAUUUCUUCAUCCUGCCAAGUUCAGAAACUCUCUCCAAGGACAGGUAGUACUUAUCACUGGUGCCGUCGGCACUAUCGCAGGCGCCAUAGCAGAAUGUUUUGCCACAGCUGGUGCUACUCUCUUUCUGUCGGACAUAAAGGAUUCUCUGCCAGACUCUGUGAAGGAGAAGCUCAUCAAACUUGGUGCCGCCGGGGUGCAUUACUCUAAGCGCGAUGUUACCACUACGGUUGGCAAUGUCGACGUUCUCAUUAACGGGGCUGGCGUUGUUGGAGUCCGCGUGUUCCACAAGCAAGACCCUUCGCUGUUCUUUCGAGACAUGGCAAUCAACUUGAAUGGCCCAUUUAUGCUGAUGCGCCUGAUCCUGCCCAGCUUUAUCGAGAGGGGCCGCGGAUGCGUAAUCAAUCUUGCUUCGAGGGCGGGUACUAUAAACGUACCAUUCAACAUCAGCUACUCUACCAGCAAAGCAGCUCUCUUGAGGUUGACUAGCGCUCUCCAGGCUGAAGUUGACGAAGUUGCCCCAUCAUCCGACAUCCAGCUUUAUUCCAUCCAUCCUGGCGCGAUACGCUCGGAUGGCCAGAGAGAUCCCUCUCUUGCCGAGUAUCCAUUUGUCGGUGCUCGCUUCGUGGAAUGGAAGAAGAAGUUCACCGGGUCGCCGUAUCUGGCCGGCAUGGCGUCUGUGGCACUUGCUACAGGCAUAGCGAAAGACGUCCUCAAAGGUAAAUACUUUGACGUAGAGCAGGAUCUUGAAGAUGUACUCUCGCAGGGGGAACUGUUGAAGUCAGAUCCGCUGCUGCACUCGUUGCACGUUCGGAUGCUUGGAGAGCUGGAGCGGGAGGAGGGUGCAGUAGAUAGAGAACCCGAGGAGCCGUUCACGUUUCCCGGCUUCUAG